UCGACACGAAGUUACCUGUCUGGAAUUGUCGGUCUCACGUGCACUAUCCUAAAACUGAAAUCUUGCAUCAGCCAUUGAGCCCCAUCUCAUUAAGAACACCAUCUUACUCUCCCUCACUUCCAGCCCACGUCCGCGAGCUUACAUUUUUAUCAUCCCCUGCUGAAAAUUUCAUCAGAUAAAACAUGAAAAUGUCUCCUUUUUCCAUGUAGAGUUCUGAUCCCUGUUAACGUUGGAGAUGACGUUCUCGGCUCUUGAGGUUCAGUGGGUGAUGGGUUUGCUUUUCUGGGUUCUUCUGCUUUUGUGUUGGGAAAUAAGUUGUGAUGGCUCUGGGCUAUCUGUGAGACUCACUGAGUUUCCUAGUGCAUUUUCGCAUAGAAAUGCGACUGCAUUUUCUUUCGAACCUUUGGUGAAUGGCAAUGUUGAAGCUUGCUCUGACUGUAGCUUCAGUUGCAAGCUGGAUAGUGGUGCCUUCUCGGACUGUCGAGGCAGGAAAGUUUCAUAUGGUGGCUUACUAGAUGGAAAUCAUUCAUUUGAGGUGUGCGCAAAGGGAUCCCAAGGAAUUGGCUGUGCUUCCUAUAACUGGACAAUUGAUACAAUUCCGCCAACAGCAUACAUAACAUCUCCAGCAUCUUUGACGAGUGCCCUUAAUGUCUCUGUGACUAUAUUAUUUAGUGAGCCAUGUAUUGGUAGAGGAGGUUUUGGAUGCUCUUCUGUGGAUGCCUGCAACCUACUGGUCUAUGGUGCUGGUCAAGUCAUUCCAUCUACACUUAACAUUUUGCAGCCAAAACUCAAAUACACACUUUCAGUAAGUUUGAAUUCUACUGUCCAGUAUGGACGAGCGAUCCUGGUUAUGGAUAAGGACUUCUGCACUGAUAAUGCUGGAAAUGCAUUCAUGAGGACGACUAAUUCAAUAUUUUACGUGCAUUUUGACAGAAGGAAUGUGUCCGUUGACUUGAGGACUCGCAUUCCUGAGAAGAUGCUUCAAGUCAAUAAUCAAAUCAGAACGGUGCAAGCUACAAAUGACCAAAACAACUUAACGGUGUACCUCUAUUUCUCGGAACCAGUCAUGAAUUCAUCAGCAGAAAUCCUAGAAUCACUCAACAUAAGUCAGGGCACCCUUCUCCCGACCAAUGGGAAAACACUCGGAAAUCGGAAAUUUGGUUUCAUGGUAGCCAAUACAUCUGGAGUUGCUAUAAUCACCAUAAGCCUUGAGUCCGAGUCAAUAAUUAGCAGAUCAGGGAUUGCCGUUUCUCCUAUUGCACCAGUUACUUUCCUUUAUGACUCUCAGAGGCCAACUGUCAGGUUGAGCACAACCUCUACUUCUAGGACGAGAGAGCACAAUAUCCCUAUAUCAAUAAAGUUUGCUAAACCAGUAUUUGGCUUCAAUUCAUCUAAUAUAGCAAUAUCAGGAGGUCAUUUGCAGAGCUUUUAUGAAAUGAGCAGAAGCAAAUACUCCAUUGAGAUUAAAGCAGAAGAUGAUGUAGUAUCUGUGAGUAUUCCUGAAAAUGCGACUGGGGAUGUUGCUGGAAACAAAAACUUACCUUCCAAUAUUCUUCAAGUGAGACAUUAUUCCAUGCCCUUAGUGUCUUCUGUUGCUUCUGUCACUGCAACUGCUGCUUUUUGUAUCACAUCUUUGGCUGCCGGACUGCUCUCUGUUUCCACAGCAAGCCUUCUUGCUACUGGUGCUUUCCCGAAGACAUCUGCCACUUUGAUAUCCAGUCCUUCAAGGAAUCUUUUUAGAAUAGCAUGUCACAUCCAGGUAUUUGCACUAUCUAGAUGGUUGGCAGUUAUAUUGCCAGUCGAGUAUUUUGAACUUGCAAGGGACCUGCAGUGGAGUAUUCCUUACUUCAGUCUCCCUUGGGAAGUCGGCCACAUCCAUCCUGUCAUGGUGGGCUCAAGUCCACCUGCGAAUUCAACAUCCUACUUUAGCGAAGUUCUUGACUUGGAAAUAGUCAGAACACCUAAAGAAGAGAAGCUGGAACGUGCUGCUGCAGUUUAUGGAUUGCCGCUUUCUCCAAUGGAGUACAAAUCCCUUUUCGAGAUGGAAAAUAGUAAACCAGAAGCUGAAUUCAUUUUGGGACUGCCUGCUAAUUUUUGUUGAUGGAGACAAUUUGGUCUUUUGUAGGUGGGGGAUUUCAGUAGAAAUAUGUUCUGGCUGGCAGUAAUCGGUGGCAGUUUGAUAUUAUUGCAAGCUUUGCUUCUAUUGAUUCUUAAGCUCAAGAAAAAAACAACUGAAAAGCAAAACUGUUAUGGAGCUCUCAUAUUCCCCAGAUUGGAGAUGUUUCUUUUAGUUCUUGCUUUACCUUGUAUAUGUCAGGCCUCUUCUGCUCUGAUCCAAGGUGGAACUCCAUCAGGGGUUGUAGUUGGCAUUCUGCUGUUGGGUUUCGUGUCUUUUAAACUUCUAUCUAUGUUCCUAUUCCUCUCAAUUGGUAUUACAUUUGGGAAACUGCUUCAAUACAAGGAAGUCCAUCAAGUAGGCCGACGAUUUCACUGGUAUCAAGAGCUUAUUAGAGUGACCCUGGGUCCAGGUAAAAGGGGCCAAUGGACGUGGAAAAAACAGUCAAAUUCCAUUUACCUGACAAAAUUUGGCCCGCUGUUUGAGGACCUGAGAGGUCCCCCAAAAUACAUGCUCUCGCAGAUAUCUGGAGGCCACCCAAGGAAAGGUGACCGCAUAAUUGCAUCAGAUGAUGAAACGGAAGAUGCCGAAGCACCCUUUAUACAAAAGAUAUUUGGAAUCCUCAGGAUAUUCUAUACAUUGCUCGAGUGUAUCAAAAGGGUCGCUCUAGGAAUCUUGGCCGGCACUUAUAUAAACGACUGGUCUUCUAGAACCCCGGCAAUCUCCCUCUUGUGUCUGACCUCUUUCCAGCUCUUCUUCCUUGUGCUGAAGAAGCCUUUCAUAAAGAAGAAAGUUCAACUGGUCGAGAUCUUAUCAGUUUCAACCGAACUAGGCAUAUUCGCAACAUGCGCAGUUCUCUUGAGAAAGGAUUUUUCGGAGCAGGACGAAACUUAUGUGGGGAUUUUCAUGGUUGCGCUCUUUUUUAUUGGAUUUGUGGCUCAAAUGGUCAAUGAGUGGUAUGCACUGUAUAAACAAACCAAGCGGCUUGACCCUGAUGAUAAAUCCUUCUUCUCGGGUUUGAAAGUAGCUUUACUUGGAAUCCUAAUUAUUUGUGUCCCUAGGAAAUGGCGUCAAGGCCUAGAAAGCAAAUUCCCCAGGACUCAACCAAGUGGCGGAGAAACUGGAGACGCAGGAUCAUCUGCCGAUAGGGAUAGGACCUCCGGAAGCCGGAGUUCAGGUACAACAGAUAAACCAUGGCUAAGGCAACUGAGGGAAUUGGCCAAGGCAAGCUUUAGUAGAGAAGGAAGUAGUGCAGGGCCAACCGACCCAUCGAGCAGUCGUCCAAAAUGGAGUGGUUUCUGGGGGACGAAGAAGAGCGGGGGCACGUCUGGGAGUUCGUCUGCGGACUUCAACUCAAAGCCGACAGGUUUGUACAAAGAGUUGGAAGCCAUUUUUGCAUCCAAGUAGACAACAACCGAUGGAAAAAGCUUGACACUUGAAAAGAUAAUCAUGAUCAGUUCAUUUAUCCUCCAGCAGUUGCUUGGAGCUGAAGCUAUCUGCUACACAGUUAAAUUUGUGUGAACUUCAAGUUGGUGGAUUAGAGGGGGUGGGAUUGUAAGCCCUAUUUGGGUAUCACAGGAAUAAAUUAUGAAAAUUAGUGAUUAAUUAAGGAUCAGAUAAUUGGGCUUGUUUUAUUGCAGUAUUAUGUAAAGUGAUUUAGGGCUAUGCAACCGCUAACUACUCAGUGUAAUUCCACAUUAAUGUGUAUACCAAGACUUGUCAUACUCUACCCGAGUUGUUUGGCAUCCGAUAUGUGGAACACAAAUAAAUCAGGGAACUCAAUUUCUUGGACAACAA